AUGCAUAAGAAGAUGCAGAUACAACAUUCGUUUGCAAGCAGGCAAGAGAUGGACCCAGAUCUAAACGAUACAACAAAAGAGGAGAAGAUUGAGGCUGUCCAAGAAUGUGCUUCUACACCUAUAGAAAGUUCUGAAUCAUGCGAGGAGAUACAAUUUAACCCCAAUGUUUUAACUGAAUUUAAGUUGGCUGGGAGUCAAGAGGAGAUAACAGGAGAUGAAGAAAAUGUAAGGAAAGUUAGUUCUUACCUUGCAAAUGUUGUGCUUCCAAAAUUUAUACAAGACCUUUGCACACUUGAAGCUUCACCAAUGGAUGGCCAGACACUGACUGAAGCACUGCAUGCUCAUGGAAUUAAUAUUCGAUAUAUUGGGAAAGUAGCUGAUGGGACCAAGCAUUUACCACAUCUAUGGGAUCUCUGUUCUAACGAAAUUGUAGUCAGGUCCGCAAAGCAUAUCAUCAAGGAUGUUUUAAGAGAUAUAGAGGAUCAUGAUCUUGGCCCAGCACUUGCACAUUUUUUCAACUGUUUCUUUGGAAGUUGUCAAACUGUUGGGGGCAAAGUUGCUGCUAAUAGUAUGCAGUCCAAAACCCAAAAGAAAGACCAGGCGAGCCAUCAGUCUGCAGGCAAGUCCUCUAAGGGCCAAGCCAGGUGGAAAUCUAAAGCUUCUGCUACAAAGCAUCAUUCCUCUUAUAUGAAUAUUAGCUCAGAAAGUCUAUGGUCUGACCUCAAAGAAUUUGCGAAGUCGAAAUAUCAGUUUGAGUUGCCUGAGGAUGCAAGAUUGCGAGUAAAGAAAGUCUCAGUUAUGCGUAAUCUUUGCCAAAAGGUGGGCAUAAGCAUUGCAGCUCGCAAAUAUGAUUUCAAUGCUGCAACACCUUUCCAAACUUCAGAUAUCCUUAAUCUCCAGCCAGUAGUGAAGCAUUCAGUUCCUGUAUGUUCUGAAGCUAAGAACCUUGUUGAAAUGGGGAAAGCUCAAUUAUCUGAGGGUCUGCUUAGUGAAGCCUACACAUUGUUUUCUGAGGCAUUUUCAAUACUUCAACAGGUGACUGGUCCAAUGCAUCGGGAGGUUGCCAACUGCUGUCGGUACCUUGCCAUGGUUUUGUAUCACGCAGGAGACAUGGCUGGAGCCAUUAUGCAACAGCACAAGGAACUAAUUAUAAAUGAACGUUGCUUGGGUCUUGACCACCCUGAUACUGCUCACAGCUAUGGCAAUAUGGCUCUUUUCUAUCAUGGACUUAACCAAACAGAGCUUGCACUACGGCACAUGUCCCGGGCAUUGCUCUUGCUGAGUCUUUCAUCUGGCCCAGAUCAUCCUGAUGUGGCUGCAACUUUCAUUAAUGUUGCAAUGAUGUACCAGGACAUUGGGAAGAUGGACACAGCUCUCCGUUAUUUGCAAGAGGCCUUGAAAAAGAAUGAGAGGCUUCUAGGUGAGGAGCAUAUACAGACCGCUGUGUGCUAUCAUGCCCUUGCCAUCGCAUUCAACUGCAUGGGUGCCUUCAAACUGUCUCACCAGCAUGAAAAGAAAACCUAUGAUAUACUUGUCAAACAACUUGGUGAGGAGGAUUCCAGAACAAAAGACUCACAAAAUUGGAUGAAGACAUUUAAGAUGCGGGAAGUUCAGAUGAAUGUACAAAAACAGAAAGGACAGGCGUUUAAUACAGCUUCGACACAAAAGGCUAUUGAUAUCUUGAAGGCCAAUCCUGAUUUGAUACAUGCUUUCCAAGCUGUAGCCGCGGCUGGAGGGUCUGGAGGUUCUGGUACUACUGUCAACAAUUCACUUAAUGCAGCAGUACUUGGUGAGACCAUUCCUCGAGGAAGGGGAUUUGAUGAAAGGGCUGCUCGUGCAGCAGCUGAAGUAAGAAAAAAAGCUGCAGCAAAGGGUCUCUUGAUUCGCCCACAUGGUCUUCCAGCCCAAGCUUUACCGCCACUUACUCAGCUCCUUAACAUCAUAAACUCGGGAAUUACCCCUGAUGCCAAUGGUAGUGGGGCCACUGAUGUCCCAAAGAAGGAAGCCAACGGCGAUCCUUCGAAUGACCCAGCAGCAGCAGAUGCCAAAAAGGAUAUAUCAUCAUCAGAGCAAGGUGGUCAACCUCCUGCCGGGUUGGGCAAGGGUUUAACAUCCUUAGAUUCCAAGAAGAAGAAAACAAAAGCAGAAAACAAAAACUAAAUUAACAUCCUGAAGUUUUGAAAGGUAGAGAUUCAAUUAUUUGGCUAAAAGAUCCGGAAAUUUUAACAAAGCUUGGAAGUAAAUUUUUUUCUUUUGCCAUAUGUUGUGGAAGUAGCAAUUUUUUUUUUUUUUUUUGGGUUUCUGAAAACAGUCUUGAGAGAGAGGAGCCACCCCAUCUUACAAGGUAGAAGGGAAUAUUGAAAUGUGGUAGUGAAUCAACCUGUAUCUUAAAUUUUUGCCAAUAAUCUGGGUCUUCCUGAUA